AUGGCCACCUACAAAGUCAGGGUGGCCACGGGCACCGACUUCUUGUCGGGAACAAUGGACUGCAUCUCGCUGACCAUCGUGGGGACCCAAGGAGAGAGCCAUAAGCAGCGGCUGAACCACUUCGGGAGAGACUUUGCAACAGGAGCGGUGGACGACUACACUGUCCAGUGCCAGCAGGACCUGGGGGAGCUCAUCAUCAUCCGUCUGCACAAAGAGCGCUACUCCUUCUUCCGCAAGGACCCCUGGUACUGCAACUAUGUGCAGAUCUGCGCGCCCGGCGGCCGCGUCUACCACUUCCCCGCCUAUCAGUGGAUGGACGGCUACGAGACGUUGGCGCUCCGGGAGGCCACGGGAAAGACAACAGCGGACGACUCGCUUCCCAUCCUCCUGGAGCACAGACAAGAGGAGAUCAGAGCCAAACAGGACUUCUACCACUGGAGGGAAUUCGUUCCAGGCCUGCCCAACUACGUGCACAUCCCCAGUUACCACCCUCCCGUCCGGCGCUGCCGCAACCCCAACAGGCCUGAAUGGAAUGGCUAUAUUCCCGGAUUCCCGAUUCUCAUCAACAUCAAGGCCACCAAGUUCCUGAACUUAAAUCUCCGCUACUCCUUUCUCAAGACAGCCUCUUUCUUCGUCCGCCUGGGGCCCAUGGCACUGGCAUUCAAACUCCGCGGCCUGGUGGACUCCAAACGCUCAUGGAAGAGAUUGAAGGACAUUAGGAAAAUUUUUCCUGCCAACAAGACUGUGGUCUCCGAGUACGUGGCUGACCACUGGGCGGAGGACAGCUUCUUUGGGUACCAGUACCUCAAUGGAGUCAACCCAGGCCUGCUCUGUCGCUGCACGUGCCUCCCAGACAAGUUCCCCGUCACAGACGACAUGGUGGCCCCGUUCCUGGGCGAGGGAACGUGCCUGCAAGCGGAACUGGAGAAGGGGAACAUUUACCUGGCAGAUUACCGCAUCCUGGAGGGCAUCGCCACCGUGGAGCUCAGCGGCCGGAAGCAGCACCACUGCGCCCCCAUGUGCCUGCUGCACUUUGGCCCCAACGGCAUGAUGCCCAUCGCCAUCCAGCUCAGCCAGACCCCUGGGCCUGACUGCCCCAUCUUCCUGCCCAACGACUCUGAGUGGGACUGGCUGCUGGCUAAGACGUGGGUGCGCUACGCUGAGUUCUACUGCCACGAGGCCAUCUCCCACCUGCUGGAGACCCACCUCAUUGCAGAGGCCUUCUGCCUGGCCAUGCUGAGGAACCUCCCCAUGUGCCACCCGCUCUACAAGCUCCUCAUCCCCCACACAAGAUACACCAUCCAGAUCAACAGCAUCGGGCGGGCCCUCCUCCUCAAUGAGGGGGGCCUCUCCGCCAGGGGCAUGUCCCUAGGCCUGGAGGGCUUUGCCGAGGCGAUGGUGCGGGCUCUGUCAGAGAUCACCUAUGACAACCUCUACCUCCCCGAUGACUUUGUGAAGCGGGGGGUUCAGGAUCUGCCCGGAUACUACUACCGUGAUGACAGCUUGGCCGUGUGGGAUGCAUUGGAGAGGUACGUGACAGAGAUCAUCACCUAUUAUUACCCGAACGACGCGGCCGUGGAGGGUGAUCCGGAAUUGCAGUCCUGGGUGCAGGAGAUAUUCAAGGAGUGCCUCCUCGGGCGUGAGAGCUCAGGCUUCCCCACCUGCCUGCGCACUGUGCCCGAGCUAAUCCGAUACAUCACCAUCGUCAUCUACACCUGCUCUGCCAAGCACGCAGCUGUCAACACGGGCCAGCUGGAGUUCACUUCCUGGAUGCCCAAUUUCCCAUCAUCCAUGCGGAACCCCCCGAUGCAGGCCAAGGGGCUGACCACCCAGGAGACCUUCAUGGACACGUUGCCGGAUGUGAAGACCACCUGCAUCACGCUGCUGGUGCUCUGGACACUGAGCAGGGAGCCUGACGACAGGGUGCGAGUGGGAGUGCGCAGGGUGCGAGAGGCCCCAAGGGCAGGGAUGGAGGGNUUCCGCCAGCGCCUGGCGCAGAUCUCGCACGACAUCCGCCAGCGCAACAAGUGCCUGCCCAUCCCCUACUACUACCUAGACCCGGUGAUGAUCGAGAACAGCAUUUCCAUCUAGGGCGGCCCUUUCCGCCUCGCCUCUCCCUCCCUGCCCUGUGCGCUCUUGUUUUCAAAAAAUAACAAAAACACAAAACAAAACAACACGCUCCACA